AUGAACUCCAUAACAGCCACGGCACCUAUGCGGGCCGUCUACCUGCCCAAGUCCCACCUGCACCUUACGCUGCGAGGGUAUACGAGUCUCGUUGCCACGACAGGGCUACGCGGUAGCAGUUCCUUGUUCGCCAACCCUCGUCACCACCAGACGAACCCCAAACGUUUGAUCUCGUCCACCCCGCAUCCGACCAAGAUUAAGGAGUUCUUCCCGCCACCCGAGGCGCCGCAUAUCAAAGAAUUGGAAACCGCCUGGAAUCACCCGGUCUACACCGACGACCAGAUGCAGAAAGUCACGAUUGCCCACCGACAAGCCAAGGACUGGCCCGACUGGGUAGCCUUGGGAACCGUGCGACUGCUGCGAUGGGGGAUGGACCUGGUCACCGGAUACCACCAUCCUCCCCCGGGCAGGGAAAACGAGGCCAAGUUCAAGAUGACCGAGAAGAAGUGGCUCACCCGUUUUGUGUUCCUGGAGAGCGUGGCGGGUGUGCCGGGGAUGGUGGGCGGAAUGUUGCGACACUUGAGGAGUUUGCGGCGCAUGAAGAGGGACAACGGAUGGAUCGAGACCCUGCUGGAAGAGGCGUUCAAUGAGCGGAUGCAUUUGCUCACCUUCCUCAAACUCGCCGAGCCCGGAUGGUUCAUGCGGAUGAUGGUGCUCGGUGCCCAGGGGGUGUUCUUCAACGGAUUCUUCAUCUCCUACUUGAUUUCGCCCCGCAUUUGCCAUAGAUUCGUCGGAUACUUGGAAGAGGAGGCGGUGAUCACCUAUACUCGGGCGAUCCAGGAGAUCGAAGCCGGUAAGCUUCCCGAGUGGGAGAAGCUGGACGCCCCCAAGAUUGCCAUCUCCUAUUGGCAAAUGCCGGAGGGCCAGCGCAGUAUGAAGGACCUCCUUCUCUACGUUCGGGCGGACGAGGCCAAACACCGAGAGGUCAACCACACUCUGGGUAACCUGAAGCAAGGGGCCGAUCCCAAUCCGUACUCGGCCAAGUACAAGGACCUGACCAAGGCGCAUCCUGGCAAAGGCAUCGAAAACCUGAAACCCACCGGAUGGGAGAGAGAGGAUAUCAUCUGA